AUGGACGGCUUUGAGGUUCUAGAUGUUAUGCGACGUCAGGAGUGGCCCGAGGAGUUCAUCAGGAAGUUCCGCGACACGGAGCUCGACUUCCUGCGGAUGCGCACCCGCCUCAAGGCCUGCAGGCUCAGUCCCGCUGAGAGCCACGACGAUGCCCAACUCCUCUUCGCCAUCUGCAGCUCCGGCACUAAAGAAUUGCACCCGCGCAUCAAGAAGAUUUUGGCAAGGCUACGGCUGACCCAGAUGGUGACCGGCGUGUUCCUCAAGACCGCCGAGGUGAAUUUGAAGAUGCUUGCUUCUGUUGUACCCUUUGUGACAUAUAGGUAA